CAUCUGGCAGCUGCCCGAGAAAAAUUCUCGAGAAUUUCCAGCAGAUGAGCCAGUGGCUGUGCUAACUGCUUGCUCCAGCGACUGGAAACAUCGGAGAAGGCAGCCUUAUUUACAGAAAACCCCUCUCCCGCCCUCCGUUAGCUAAUUAAAAUUUUUCCAGGGGCAUUGCCAUCACGAGUUGCAUCGUUUCUCUGGAAGGCAGCCCACUGCAGUUCCAUUGACCUUUCCCUCAUUCCUGAGUCCUCUGGAGUUAUGUCAACAGCUGCCUUACUUACUUUGGUUAGAAGUGGUGGGAACCAGGUGCGGAGGAGAGCGCUGCUCAGUGCCCGCCUGCUGCAGGACGACAGGCGGGUGACGCCCACGUGCCACAGCUCCACUUCGGCGACCAGGUGCUCCCGGUUUGACCCUGAUGGUAGCGGACGACCAGCCACGUGGGAUAAUUUUGGCAUCUGGGACAACCGCAUCGAUGAGCCGAUUCUGCUGCCACCCAGCAUUAAGUACGGCAAGCCGAUUCCCAAAGUCAGCUUGGCGAACGUGGGCUGCGCCUCGCAGAUUGGCAAACGAAAAGAGAACGAAGACCGCUUUGGCUUUGCUCAGCUGACAGACGAAGUCCUGUACUUUGCAGUGUAUGAUGGCCAUGGCGGACCUGCGGCGGCCGACUUCUGUCACACCCACAUGGAGAAAUGCAUCCUGGAUUUGCUUCCUAAGGAGGAGAACUUGGAAACUGUGUUGACCUUGGCUUUUCUAGAAAUAGAUAAAGCCUUUGCAAGGCACGCCCACCUGUCUGCUGAUGCGACCCUUCUGACCUCUGGGACUACCGCAACAGUAGCCCUUUUGCGAGAUGGUAUUGAACUGGUUGUAGCCAGUGUUGGGGAUAGCCGAGCUAUUUUGUGCAGAAAAGGAAAACCCAUGAAGCUGACAAUCGACCACACUCCAGAAAGAAAAGAUGAAAAAGAAAGGAUUAAGAAAUGUGGCGGUUUUGUAGCUUGGAAUAGUUUGGGACAGCCUCACGUGAACGGCAGACUCGCGAUGACCAGGAGUCUUGGAGAUCUGGAUCUUAAAACCAGCGGUGUGAUAGCAGAACCGGAAACAAAGAGGAUUAAGCUACAUCAUGCUGAUGACAGCUUCCUGGUCCUCACUACAGAUGGAAUUAACUUCAUGGUAAACAGUCAAGAGAUUUGUGACUUCGUCAAUCAAUGCCAUGAUCCCAAUGAAGCAGCCCAUGCAGUUACUGAACAGGCAAUACAGUAUGGUACUGAAGAUAACACUACUGCAGUAGUAGUGCCUUUUGGUGCUUGGGGAAAAUACAAGACCUCUGAAAUCAACUUCUCAUUCAGCAGAAGCUUCGCCUCCAGUGGACGAUGGGCCUGAUCACUUGCUGGGACUCGGAGUUUCUGUGCAGUUUUUCACUGAUUGUGUCAAGAAACUGAUAAGAUUUUAAAAAGUCGACUGUACCAAGGUGACCCUAGGACUCACUAGAUCAGUACACAAAUCACUAUAAACUUAGUAACCAUCUACAUAGUAGUUUUUCAUAAGUACCUGUCAUAUUUAUGUUCAACUAACUGUACAUAACUCAGUAUAAAUACGUGUAAUUCAGCUAUUGUGAAUGAGUCUCUGAGUGAGCAAAUGAAAAAUGGUUAUGAUACACUUGCUGAGUGUUAAAUUUCUAUAUGAAUUUCUUUUGAUCAUUUCUGAUCUUUAUUCAUUUGACCAGGUUCUUGGCCUUCAAGUUCUUCAAAACUAGUCAGUAUUUUGACAGCUACUCAAUGGUUAUCUGCAAGUGUUUAUUUUUAAUAACUGUACCAAGCAGUAAGUAUGAAAACUGAGUUCUCUGUUACUGUAUUUUGUACUCUGGAUCACCUACUGGUGAAUGUAACAAUGCAAAAGAAAUUAAUUCAGCUAACAUGACACUGCUAAGCUGUAUACAUAUGUACAACAGUGCACUUACGUAUUUCAACUGUGUCCCCAGGUCUCUCCUGCCCCCAGUCAAUUCAUUCCUGUUUUUCUGUAGGUAAGAAUGCUAUAUAGCUAUGACCCUUCCCUCAUAUCAGAAAAGAAUGUCCAGGCUAAGAGUUCUUUGGUCAAAGCUAUACAGAGUUACAUACUGACAGUAUCAAGUAUUUUGUAUAACUUUUCCAUUUGUUAUCUCGAAUUCUCUGUUUUGUGUUUUGUAUACAGUAUGUUUAUAUCACUUUUUGUAUAGAGUAAGCAAGUCGGAUAAUUUGUCAGUAAAAAUAAUCCCACAUUGACUGAUAACUGCUACAGACAUAGCUUGAGGUUUAUGUCUCCUUUUUCUAAGACUCCUAAGAAAGAAUAAAUCUUAAAAAAAAAAGCGCCUUAUCUAUUCCAGCUUGCUAUGUAAUUUAGGAGUAUAAAACUAUAUUUCCUUAUAUCUGUGUGUCAGUUUGCUGUUAAAAUGUGAAUCUCUAAGUGUGUGUAUGGAAUUACAUCUGCAGUUUAUUUCUGCUGACAGUGUAAAUUUGUUGUAUGUGUAGGUGUAUGUACAUAUGUAUAUUUUAGACUAAUGGACAAAGAAAGGGAACAAUCCUGCAUAGCUCCUUCACCAGUUAGCUUUCAAUUAUUGAUAUGUUUAUCUCUAGGAACUCUUGACAAACUGAGGGAAGUUUCAGAGUGGAGAACCAAUGGUUACUGGGAGAUAAGGAAAGAGAUUAAAAAUGGCUGUAGGAGAUAUUUUGUGGUGGGUAACUUAUGUGGAAAAACCUAGGAACAGAACAGCAUUUGAAGCUACAUUGCUAUAUUGUAAUUUGCAUAUAAAAUAAUAGGAUGUGAGAAAAAUACUGAAGUGUUAAGAACGACGUGGAGUUCUGUGGAAACAAAAGAAAAACCAAAACGAUAAAGUUGAUGUACCUUCAACUCUUAGUUUUCAGGUUGACUUUUCUUUUAAGUUUUACUCAAGGCUUAUUAGAAGGAAGAGGGCACAACAUCAAUAUUCACAUCUCACCUGUUUGGGAAUGGAAGAAAAUAAAUCUUGAGUUUUCCUGCCUGUAUUAAUCAGGAAUUAUCCUUUGGAAAAAAGUGGUAUGGAAAUAUUUCAAGGUUUGUUUUUUUUUUCCAAGAAAGUUUGGUAAAAGAAAGAAAAACAUUACAAGAAAGGAUACGGUCUCCUAUUCAUUGCCUGGGAAGUGAGGAACCAAAGGUAGGCUAAGAAACCUGGAAAACUUUCUCCCUCUUUCUGAGUGGGGUCUUGGGACAUAAACAUGGAAGCUACAUUUAGGAGUAUGGAGAGUUUCCAAACUAACAAGCAAACAGAAACUCUAAAGCACAAGAUGACCUUCUAAAAAUGUAGGUUUUAUUUUUGUUUUGAAUUCUUCACAUUGCUAUUCCUUUCUUUCACUUUAAAAAAACAAGCGUGGGAGUGAUGUUGUUGACUUCAGAGGUUUAAGAGUCACUGACGCAUUGGGUGGAUUGCCAUCUGUGACAAAGAAGAAUUUGUAGGACAUGCAGGCCUUGGUCUGGAGUGGAUUUUGCUCUGCUCAACCUGAAAGUUUUUAAAACCUGAAACUAGUCAGCUUUGACUAAAUCAUAAAAACACACUAGUGUCUGUUUUUCAAGCCACAAUGUUGAAGUAUAACUUAUAGAUUAUUAUAAUCCAUAAAAGAUAAGCAUACACGUAUUAGGCUUCUAAGUCUAUUACUGGGAAUUACGCAAAUAGUAGUGGAACAAAAGGACUGUUCUAAAUCGUUUUUUAGUUAUAACUGUGAAUUUGCCAUGUGGCUGUUACCAUGUGGGUAUAGGUAUGGUGUAAAUUAUAUUAAUGUAAUUAAACUUAAAUCAAUUGUAUUUAUGUUUGCCUUUCAUUUAUAUGUAGUAUAUAAAUCAUCUUUCUAAAAUGUGUUGCCUAACUUCAUUUGCCAUCAUUGAUUUGGCAAAAUCGUCUUAAAAUCAUUGUGAUUUUUCACAAGUAUAAAUUCUUAAGUACCUUAUAUAUUCAAGUGUAAAUGCAGUCCUGCUUUCCAUCAACUAUUUGUUACAGACCCUUGUGUUAAGUGCGUCAAAGUUUUAUGCACUUUUUCUGAAAAAAUAAAGUUUUGGCAGGAUCAGUUUUGAAUUUCUGUACUGUAUGAUGGGAAUUGCUUACUUUGAAGAAUUGUUAGCAUGUAAUUUAAAUAGAAAUUAUUUUUUCUAAGUGGAAUUUAAUUUUUUUUUAAACCAAUCUUGGCAGAGAAUGAGUAGGCCUAUACUAACUCUUCAGUAUCAGACAGGACAUUUAGUUUUCUUUCUAAGAAUGGACAAGGAUUUAAUUUCACAGUAAUAUUAUAAUAAGAAAAUGCUUCAAGGUGCAGUGGGGGAAGGGAUGGUUAAAGUUUAGCAUUGAACCCUUAAACACAAACAUGUAUUUGUAUUUUCCUUUAGCACUUCAGUUCACAUACCCGUGUCUGUACAAAGUGACAUAAAAUUCUGGUUGGGUUACGUUUUAUUGCAUUUAUUAUAUUCACUUAUCUGGAUGACUUCAGCAGAAAUAAAAAGUCAUGUCUUUAGAAGCCAAACUGUGAUGACCUGCCUGUUGCUUUUGGCAUCUGGAAUGAGACCGCUUGACUCUCUGGCAGCUCCCCUUGGUUGUUAGAUGGUUGAAAUGGUCCACUGAUGGUCAUAUUGCGCAUUCUAGGCUGUGAAGUCAUGGUGUUGUUCCAUCUCCAAGAAUGACUCUUCUUCCACUGGAUUCCUGUACAGAAUUUAGCAGUUUGCUGUCUCCCAAAUUAGUUUCUGCUAAAGUGCUCUUGUGUACAUUUGUUUUAUAAUUUACCAAAGUACUAAUUGGGUGUAUAGCACUUCUGGAGUUGGCUGAUGUAAUUGCUGCUUUGACCAUUGUUUUAAAAGUAUGUAUUAGAGUAACCGUAAGCAUCCUAAAAUCAUAUCUCAGUGUUCAAAGCAACAUUUAAAUAAAGUACAUGCAUUAAACACUUUAAAAUCAAA